AUGCUAGACGACAGAUUAAGACUUCAGGGAAGCAAUUUCACAGAUGUCCAGACACUUGAACAUCUCAAGAAACCGUCCUCAGCAGCAUCCCGAGAUGAACACCCAGAGGGGGAAUCACAGAAGGAGGAUACACAGGCCAACCCUAACACACAACAAGACCUUACUGCUCUUUAUGAAAAAUUCUACCAAUUGAUCAUCACGAUGAGCAAAACUGUUUUAGACAUACGUGAGAAGGAAAUGGAGUUAAAAAUCAAACCACAUGAACAAGCAAAGCAAACAAUCAAGAUCCUAACAGAUGCAAUGGUGUCGAUGAGUAGAAAGAUGCCUCCGCCUUCAGACAUUAAAAUUGACAAAGCACAAGGACUGGAGCAAUUGAGCCAGACAAAUGAUGAGGAUUCUCUUCCAGUGGGGAAAUCCGUGCCUACUUCAAAAGAAGUGGUGGUUGAUGAACAACAAACUCAACCACAAGCACAUGGAACGAAUAUCUCCACAACGGAAAAGAAGAGAUCCCAUCAAGAUUCCACCGGCCGGGAUUCAGGUUUGACAUCCACCUAUACUAGAAGGUCGAGAAGCACUGGUACCAGGAAAAGGAAAGUAUUCAAAGACCCAACUAUCCCACACUUUAACCUGGGUAUCUUCUCCAGUCAGGAAGACAGUUACGAGACAACCCAGGAGAAGAACACUGAGGAAGAUAUCACAGGAAGUGUUGAUUUAGAUAAAGAUGUCAAUGAGACUAUAGAAGCAGAAGAAUAUCCAGUACCAUCUGCACUCGACGAAACAAAGAAUCCCACUCCUUCCAUCGAUGAAAUCAUAAGAAGGGCCAGUGCACCAGCUUCAAAAUCAUUAAGUGAUACCAAAAAACUAGAGAUGAUUGCCGCUGCUGCAGAACAAGUUGAGAAGAACUCAAAGGUGGUUGAAGCAGUCCCUUUAAGCAUAAUUCCACCCGAUUGGAAUAUUGCUUCUACCACGGGUGGUCUAUUGAUGCUGGAGAAAAAUGAGUGUACCACACCACUGUCUGCAAUCUCAAAGGAAGCUGAUGAGCUUGAUGAAGAGUUAAUAAAGACAGUGGAAAAGACCCUCAAUGAAAAACCUAAGAGGAGAAAUCCACCAAGAGUCCACCGGUUGCUCGAACGGUUCAGGUCGCCGUUCAUGCUGCAGAAGAAAAACAAGAAAAAAUUCAUACAGUGGACAGAGGAGAAGAAGAAAAUGACCCAAGAAGAAGCCAUGUUGAUAGACUUCGCUCUCCUACAAAGACAAGAAGAAAUAGUUAAAUCAGGGAAACUCUUGUUUAAAUUUGGAAAAAUCGUUUGGGCAGACAGGAUAGCUUUCUAUUCCAUGAGGGAAGGGAAAUGGAUAGAAAACAGCAUCAUAGAUGCUUGGGCUGUCAUCCUAAACAAAGAAGAAGCUAAGAGUGACUCCCCAAGACGGAUAUUCUUUGGUGUUUCGUCAUUUGAUACAAUCAGUCGAUACUAUCAACAGGGCAGUAACAAAGAGGAAAUCGAGUUCACAUUCUAUGAGAGGUUGGGUCUUGAACUAGAAGAACAAGGCCUCACUGUAGCAUCCCUGUUAGCGGCAAAAGCUAUCUACUUCCCAGUACACUACCGAGACCAUUACUUCUUGUAUGUGUUGCUGGUUGAAGAAAAGAAAGUGCUUCUCCUCAACAAUAUUCAUGCAAAAGAUCUGGACUACUACAAGCCAACGAAAGAUCUACUUUUUCGGUUCUUCCAAAGCUACGUUGCAUGCGUGUUUCCACGCAUAGAACUGGUCAGUGCUCAGUACACCUUCACAGAGGUUACGCUACCAUCGCAUAAGGACAAAAGGCUGAAUGCGGAAGAUUGUGGAAUAUACACAAUGCACCACAUGGAGCGGUAUGAUGGUGGUGAGUACGAAGAUGGUACUACUUUGGAUUUCAACACAGGAAACAUCAAAGAGUACCGGUGGAAAUACAUGAUAAAAAUCCUUAUGCACCCAGCCAACAAAAAUAAGGACAAAAUCCUCGAAGCAAUGCACCAGUUCUAUACAAAUACUGCUGAAGAAGAACAAAAAGAAAUUCCAGAUCAUGUUGAUUUGAGUAGCAAAUCUUACUAUAAUGACAGAAAAAUUCAUGGAUAG